AUGCGCCACCUUCCAGAUCCCCGCUGCUACUGGCUCUGCCCCCUCACCCUCUGCUCCCCAAAGGACUCCAUCAUCAAAGAGCCAAACUCCGCAACUGCACCUCCCACCCGCACCCUCGCCCCCGUCUCGCAUGACUCUAACACCGCAUCUCCAAUCUUCACCCCCGAAGACUCUGCCGAACCAGACUCCAUCCCCGCCAGCGCCGUCUCAACACCCGACAGUGCAAGCGACGCAGAUACCGAAGUAUUGGAGCCAGCAGCACGACGGAGUCGAUCCAAGAGUCGGUGUGAGCUUGACGGCACAGGGAACAAAGACAACGUCGCUAACGUGCAUGAAGCCACCAACUCGCACAGCGAAGCUUUUCCUUCUAGUUGGUUUACCAACGGGGGCAAUUCUCAGGACGCAGAUGCCGCCUUUGUCUCUCCUCCCAGCGGCGCAACUAUCCCUUCUAGUCCUCCAGAUGACGGCAGUGGCAUCACUCCGCGUCAGACGGCACCCUCUACGCCGGCAAAACAAGAAAGAGAAGAGCCGUUUGUGCCGGAUUGGACCCUCGUCGCCGACAUCCUGACCCAGCACGGCUUCGACGCCACGCCUUUCCGCUGGGCAGCUGUACGACAGGCAUCCGCCCAUGAGGGCAAUGAGCAGGAGCGCGAAACCAGACGGAGAGUAAACGGGUACGCGGGUCCCUGGCAAGAUGUGUACAAACACGUCUACGGUCCACCAGCACCUACACACAUCCUCCGUAGCAACGGGAUUCCCCGCCGCGGGAAGGGUGGUCUGGGAGAAGACGGGGAUGAGGGUGUGAUUCUGGAGCGUGUGACUAACGGUAAAGACUCAACUCCUUCAAGCGCAAACAAAACUGCAAAAACUUCGCACCCAUUUCAAUCCCCGUCCUCAGCGGAGUCGUGGCCAUGGAGCUGGUUCCACCCACCAAAUCCUAGCCACAACAACGACAAAACUUCAGAUCGACCUAGUGCCCAAAAUAAAGCACAACAUGCCGGCUCUCUACUCUCACAGAAAUCGCAUCCCAAGGUGAAAGACUCCAAACCAACAUCCAUGAAAUCCAGUACCACCAGCCUCGGGACCCUCCCUCUCAAAUCCACCGGCUCCUUCGCACCCGCACCCGCAUCCGGCCUCCUCCUUGCUUUACCAGUUCCAGACCACAAUCGCACCCUCCCAUCUCCACCCCACACCGUCUCAAUCCCGCGCCUGGGCAGGGGAAACACCAUCCCGCCUCCUCCUGGGUUUGACAGGGUGGAGAUUCGGCCGCAAGUGGGUGGUUGGUAUAGCAUUGGGGAAAGCGGGGCGGGGCCUCGGAGGGAGAAGAGGACGGGGAGGUUGAGGAGAGUGGUGCAGGACCGUGAGGAGGAGGAGGAGGAGGAGGAGGGAGAGGGGAAAAUUGUGGAGAUGGGGGUAGGGUAUAUGGGGUCCGAUACGGAGGAGGAAGAGGCGGUUGUUGGGAAACAUGGGCGGAUUUCUGAGUAUCACGGCAAGGGAGAUGGCGGCUCAGAGGGCGAGAAAACUGCUGUGGAAAGGGAACUUGGAGAGUGCUUGGGAGCAGAGACGGAAGUCAACGAGCAUGAUGCGAACGCAAUGACCGCGAAGCAAGAGCACUCCAAUGACGCCGAAAACUCUAACAACCAAGUCCAACAGGAGAACGCAGACGACGAGAAAGAGAAUUCGGCAAGGGAGGACGACGACAGGGACAGCGUGAUCUACGCCGACGCCGAUUCAAACACGGACACUGACAGUUUGUACUCCCCGUAUUGA